AUGACAACCACAGGGGACAACCACAGGGGACAACCACAGGGGACAACCACAGGGGACAACCUCAGGGGACAACAACCUCAGGGGACAACCUCAGGGGACAACCUCAGGGGACAACCUCAGGGGACAACAACCACAUGGGACAACAACCUCAGGGGACAACCUCAGGGGACAACCUCAGGGGACAACAACCACAUGGGACAACCACAUGGGACAACCUCAGGGGACAACCUCAGGGGACAACCUCAGGGGACAACCUCAGGUGACAACCUCAGGGGACAACCUCAGGGGACAACAACCUCAGGGGACAACCUCAGGGGACAACCUCAGGGGACAACAACCACAGGGGACAACCACAGGUGA